AUGUCCACUCCGAGUCAGGGCAAAGAGGACGAUGAGCCUGGCGACUUACAUCUAUCAUUACGGGGCAUCAUUGGCGACGGUGCUCUUCCUGAAACUGCAACACUCGAUACACCAUUGAACGGAUGGGUCUCUAUGGACCCUCCUUCAAUCAGUGAGGCACUUUAUGGAGAGUCGGUCAUCGCGUUUCCCGAUAUGCAACUCGAUUAA